AUUAAAAUGUUUUUUCUUUUCUUUUCAUUAUUUCAAAUGUCACUCAGGUAAAAAGGAGAUACGUUUGGUUACAAAGUCACUGCUGUCCCUUUUGUUGUUCUGGAGGAUCCUGAGAUAAAACCUUUAGCUUUUUAAAGACAGUUUCUGUUGAGCUGCUGUGACGCUGUAGUUUGAGGGUGAAAUUGUACUUUUUAAAGAGAGGCGGACGUGAGGGGCUGGAUGAGAGGAGGAGUUUUUCUCUCACUUGUGGAUUAAAGGCGAUAAGGAGCAACAGAAAGACUCUUGUCACUGCAGCAACCAGAGCACAGAUGUUAAGAUUUAUGUGCUUGAUAUUGUAGACGUAGUACAUCAUGGAAAAAUUAUGUGCACGUAGCUAAAGUGCGAGGGUUUACAGUCUCCAGACAGAGUGGCUCCCUGACCCCUGUAUCAUAACCAGUGGAGGAAUCCGAAUCUCGGAUUAGUUUUGGGGUCUUAAAUAAGGAAAAUGCAGGAUUACGAGGAGUCCGUGUUGUUUCUGGGGACCUGGGGUCCGUUCCAGAAGAGGAUCUUCUUUGUUCUUUGCCUCACCUGCGUUCCAUGUGGAUACAACAUCCUGUCUGUCAUCUUCCUGCUGGCCAGCCCCCCACACCACUGUGACAUCCCUGCCCACAGUAACCUGAGCCAGGAGUGGAUCCAGGCCAGCAUCCCAGUGGAGCAGGUGGCCGGGCAGCCAGAGAGAAGCAGCUGCAGCCGGUAUGAGCUGGACCUGGUUAGGAACCUGUCUGCAAUGGGAGCCAGUCCAAACUGGUUGCAGAACCAGUCUGUGCCGGGAUCAAAGCCAGAGGUUCUUCUAUCAAACCUGAAGCAGGAGGGCUGUAGAGAUGGAUGGACCUACAGUGAGGAGUACUUCCAGUCCACUGUGGUCACAGAGUUUGAUCUGGUGUGCAGCGAACAGUGGAAACAGCCUCUGACUUCUCUCGUCUACUUUCUGGGAGGACUUUCUGGAUGUUUCAUUUCCGGACUAAUCUCUGACCGGUUUGGCAGGAAGCCCGUCCUGUUCGGGUCCAUCGCCGUCCUCAGCAUCUUCAGCAGUGCUGUGGCUUUCGCUCCAUCAUGGCCCGUCUUCACUGUUCUCUUUUUUAUGCUGGGCCUGGGUCAGAUCGCCUGCUACAUAGUCGUGUUUGUGCUGGGUUCAGAAAUCCUUGUGGGCUCCAGCAGAAUCCUCUUCUCCAGUCUGGGCCAGCCUUUUGUCUAUGCAUUCUCCAUGAUGCUGCUGCCAGGAACCGCAUACCUGGUGAGGAGCUGGAGACACCUAUCGCUCAUCAUGGCUGUGCCUGGCUUGGCUUGCAUCCCCCUCUGGUGGCUGGUUCCGGAGUCUCCUCGCUGGCUGCUGUCUCGUGGCCGCUUGCAGGAGGCCGAGCUUCUGCUGAGGUCCGCGGCUCUGGAGAACCAAGUGGAGGCUCCUCCAGUCAUUUUCCUCCCUCCCAAGGCUGAAAAAGCAGCGACACGUCAAGCAGAGUCUGUCAGCUUCCUGGACCUGCUGAAGACUGCAAAUAUUCGGCAUAUAACACUGAAGCUGUGGCUCAUUUGGUUUUCCAUGAGUGCCAGCUACUUUGGCUUGUCCUUCAGCAUGUCCACUUUGUAUGGCAACCUCUUCCUGAACUACUUCCUGCUCACAGCUGUGGAGCUCCCAGCAUACUUUGCCAGCUGGCUGGCUGCACGCAGCUUUCCUCGCCGUCUUUCAUUCAUGGGUUUCUCCCUGCUGGGGGCGCUGGCGCUGCUCUUCAUCCAGGGCACCAUGAAAAGUUACCCAACUCUGACCAUGUCCCUAGUACUGUUGGGUAAAUUUGGUGUUCUGGCAGGAAAUGGGGUGGUGUACACCUAUACUGGAGAGCUGUCUCCCACAGUCAUCAGAAAUACAGCAAUGUCUUCCUGUGCCAUGUUCUCCAGAGUGGGAUCCUCUGUGUCACCAUAUUUGCUUGAGAUGGCUGAGUUUAACAAGCUCCUACCCUGGAUUACUUUGGGUGUUCUGUCACUUCUUGGCGUUCUUCUCUGCAUCUUUCUGCCAGAAACGUUCCGACAGCCACUUCCUGAUACCAUUGAGCAGAUGCCGGUCACACGGUGGUUUACAUGUCCCUGGGUCUCCAAAACUGCUAUGAAGGAAGAAGAAAAAAUUGCUAAGGAGCAGACUCCAUCAAUUGAGAUCAUCUGCACAACUUGUUUAUAAAGCAAUCACUGAUAUCAUAUCAGAUAUCAGUAUGCACCAGUACUAAGGUGCAUGGUUUUUUAUUUCGGAAAUGCUCCUUGGUUACUGAAGGAGUUUGAAGUCAUGCAUCAACGGAGGGUUGUGGGUCUCAGAAACAACCUUAACUCAAAUUGACCUAAGAGUGAGAGACAUAAAAGCACACGGCGUUCUGCUGCAGCAAAUAACUUUUGCGCUUUGUUUUACUGAAGGACUGAAAUGCUGGAACUGAGAUGAGGAACAUAAUAUACAUAGAACUGAAAAUGAAAGACCACUAUAAAGAAAUCCUAUGAUGGUUUUCUGACAUAAGUAAUUUCUGAAUAUUCAGUUAGUUAAAUUAUAAAAUUGUUUUGGAAAUUAUUGGUGUAUUGGCAGCAUUUUUGUCUUUUUUUGCACUGCACAUGGACUUGAACAACAGGUGUACAUUUAGCAUUGAGGGUUUUAAUUGUGCAGUGAAGACAAAUAUUCAGUCGUGCAUAUGUCAGGUUUAAUAUUCACAAACCUGACAUAUGCACAAAUCAAGAAAAUGGUAUUUUCGCUGUUCAAUAAACUUGGAUCAUAUGUCUUUUGCAUGUUAUCAUGACAAUAUGGGGGUCAUUUUCCUGUCUAUUGCAUCAUCUUACAAAGUGUGCAGUGUGUUGAAAAAGUAUUCAUGCCACUCAAACUUUUUCAAAAUAUUCCAUAUUGCAGCAACAAACAGCAGUGUGUUUGAGUGGGGAUUAUAUGUGACAGAUAAGCAUAAAUUUGAAUUUAUUUUUAUUCCUAUUUCUUUAGUUGAAUCUAUUCAAAUGCCAAAGUUACCACAAUAGUGUCAAAUAUUUCUUAUUGAACAAGGUAAUUUUCUCUGAGUAAUUAAAUAAAAAAAGAUGGGAAUAAUAAAUGUAAAAAUAAAUCAGACGUUUUGAGGUUUGUGAGAAAUAUGCUCUUUGGAGCCCUCUGCUGGCCUGAAAGCUAUACGCACCAACUUGUGUCGCUGAAUGUUUGACCAUGAAUAACAUACAGUGGCAACUGAGUAAGUUAGAAUUUUUUAAAAUCUAUUUAUUUCACAAAUUCAUUCAAACAGUGAAACCUGCACACACUGAUACAUUUAUGUCUGCUAAUUUAUUUGUGCUUAUUGAUGAUCACCAUGGCUAACAACUGAACAAAACUUGAAAUUUUCUGAAACUUUUUUGAAAGUUUGGAUGUUACAUAUGACCAAUAAAUAGAUCUAAUGAAACUCGAUCUAUUUACUGGACAGUAAGUGGCUGUCGGCUUGUCUUCAUUGUUUACUCUUUCGUCCUCCUUACAACUUACUCUUCGUGGGGCCAGUUUAACUCUAACCAUGGGUUAGAGUCUCACACAUUAACCUCUCUACUCCUCACUUCAAGAAACUCACCAUCAAAAUUUAUUUCAUUAUUUAAAACUAAAUUCAUACAGCAGAGUUAGCAGUUAGCACUGCAUGCACAACAAGAAAAGUUCUGAUUUGCCUAGGCUCGUCUGUAUGGCGCUUACAUGUUCUCCCUGGGCUCUCCAGGUACUGGGGCUUCCUCCCAAAGUCCAAAAACGUGAAUGUUAGGUUAAUUGACUAAUUCACUGUCUGUUCAUGGUUCUUUGACCUGUGUGUUUCUGUGAUUGACCAGUGACAUGUCCAGGGUCUACUCUGCUUCUUGCCAUGUGACUGCUGGAAAUCACCAACCAUCAACAGACAAGUGGAUAUGGAUGAACAAAGACACAGAGCUGUAUGUUUCAAAUGUUUUGUCUCUGUUAAUUGGGAUGAUGACAACUUGUAACUGAUGAAGGCCCAGAAAUGUGUUUCUUGGAAAAUUACAUGAGACCAAUAAAAAAAACGGCAUGCUACAGUCAUUCUAUAAGAUAUGUAAUCAUAGUGUUAAAUUGACAGUUGUCUAGCAGAUAACCCUUUAGGGCGAUAACCAAGCAUAUUAAUAGAAAACCAAACACUAAAACCAGAAAGAUAGAGCACAUAACACCAGUUUUAAAGUCCCUCCAUUGGCUACCUGU